GAGGAGGAUUUGUCCGAAAUCGUACAACUGGUAGGAAAGGCCUCUUUGGCCGAAACCGACAAAAUAACGCUAGAAGUGGCGAAACUCAUCCAAGAAGACUAUUUGCAACAAAACUCUUACACGCCUUACGACAGGUUCUGCCCCUUCUAUAAGACGGUGGGAAUCCUGCGAAAUAUGAUUACGUUUUACGACUUAGCGAAACACGCCGUCGAGUCGACAGCACAGGGAGAGAACCGCAUCACUUGGGCCACCAUUCGGGAGGCCAUGGGAGACAUUCUCUAUCAGUUGAGUUCAAUGAAGUUCAAGGAUCCUGUGAAGGACGGCGAGGCGCAGAUCCGCAAGGAUUUUGAAGAGCUCUACGAGAAUAUGCAGACGGCGUUCAGAAACCUAGAGGACUAGAGGACUAGACACGUGU